GGUCGAUGUGCGUGGACGUUGAAACGUUGUCUCCAGCUUAAAACGUGGCAUGGUGACAUACCGCGCGUAGAGUGUUACAAGUGUGUUUCACAACACAACUCAGUGUGACGCGAAGUGAUGAGAUGCACGAGAGCGAGAAGAAUCGUGCGCGUCCUGUGAGAAGAUUUCCAUGAGAGUAGAGGAGUCGUGCCGGAUCUUCGUUAGUCGUUGCCGUUGCAGGCAGGUCGAGGCAGGUCCUUGCGAUUGCAUUACGUUCAGAACAUCUCUGACGCUGAUAAAUGAUAAGUGGAAAAUGAGUGAAGCUGUCGUGACCCGCCAGCGUUGAUAUUUUAUGUGCGGAAUUUUGUGGAUACUCCACUCGAAAAGUGGAUGCCUUCCUGGUAAGACGCCAAGGGGAAGAAAAUUUAAUGUGUUUAGCUGACAAAAAAAAAAAAUCGUACACAAAAAGCCGUUGCGAAAAGUGGCUCACGUGGCGAUACAUGAGAGCAUCGGAAACGGAAAAUUGCUCCUUGUGGCAAAGUGAUGUGAGAGUUUCGUAUUAAAUCGUAAAAAAAAGAAUCUGUGCACUUGAAAGGGCCAAUCAGACCCGGAAGAAUAACGAGUGAAGUGCAAGCAAUUUGGCGCUCGGUAAUUAUGAAUUGGAAAAAGAUAAAAAGCUGAGCCUUUUUCCGAGCGAUAAUUAGUGAGCAUUAAAAAUCGUGCAAAACGAGUGUUUGAGUGGGGAAAUCAAAAGCGAGCAAAACGACACCUACAAGCAAGGAAAAGGAAAAACCACCCGACGGAGGAAAGUGUAACUGAACGCGCAAAAAAAAAGAAAGCAAAGAAGAACACGUGAACCAGUUGGAUUUACCAAAAAGGAGCAGCAUCGAAUAAAUCACUCGCAAUGACAACGAUUGUGAAAGGAUAAAAGAACAAAAGUUUACCGUUGCCAUAUGCUGUCGCCGUUUUAAGCUGAUUAGUAUCUAACGACAACUGACAAAAUUGUGAAGUGACUCGCACACGUGUGCCACAGGAUCUGGAAAUGAAAGUAUACUUGAAGAAGCUGGAGAUGGAAAAAUGAAAAAACAAAACCUCACGAUCCUUGUGUUACUCCAAACGACGGCUUUGGUGGGGUGUUUAUGAUGCCAAGAUAAGCAAGAAAAACGAAUCGAGAUCGAACAGAUAGGACAAGUCGCGAACGCAAAUGGAACACUUCUCCGGUUGAAACUGCAAACAAGGCAAAUUAAAUUUCUCAAAAUUAUUGGAUCAAACAGUUUGUGCUCAAAAUUUGCUCGCUCAAUAGUAUUAAAGCAUUAAUAGCCUGUUUCGGAACGCGUGUGUUUCAAUGUGAAAAGAUCGCGAGAUAACUGCACGAAAAUCAGACUCGAUAUGUUUCGCGUUCACUAUAAACUAGCUGCUCUAUGGUGAAUGUUCAUCGCGACAAUUUGAACAGUAAAAGCUGCUUGCUACGUUGACAUAAAUUCUCGGUCUCAUUCACAUACAAUCACAGACACACACAUGCAAACAAACAGGUGUGCUGGUGGAAAACAUGUUGUGGGCGAACAUCGGCACAAAUUUAUGGUGAUGUGAAGCAUUAAAAAGAAAAUGUGAUGCUAAUUGAAUUUAUGAAAAUUAAUUAAAUGUAAAUGAUGACGAGUGACAUAAAUUGAGAAAUUCUGUCGCGUGAAACGGUAAUUUGGUUCAGCAUUCGGGAGAUCGAUACCUACGUCGCGCAAGAACAGGUUGCCAAAAACUCGAGUGUGUGAAGGAAAAUUCGGUUGACAUUGUGUGGUUCCUCCUCUUCAGCAAUAGCAGCAGCAGCUGGGAACUGACGAGAAUGGAUUUACGGAAAGCGAUAGUCCUUUUCCUAAUGGGAAUCUUUGCCAAAGCUUCCCUGGGGCUCCAGAGGUUCGCCGAGCAGCCAAAGUACACCGAGGUGAAUCCCGGCCAGGAUGCACUGCUGGUGUGCAAAGUGAUUGACAAACGUGGCGUUUGCUCGUGGCAAAAGGACAACAAACCGGUGGGGAUCUACCCAAAGAAGUACGAAUGGGCCAGCCAGUACGGGCUUGGCCAGACGACGCACGUGGGCGGGGACUGCUCGCUGUGGGUCCGAGCCGCCCAGCUCGAGUUUGACGACGGGCUGUGGGAGUGUCAAGUCACGGCGAGUGACUUUACGACGCAGGAUGCGCUCACGAGUCAGCCUGUGCGAUUAGUUGUAAGAGUUCCACCACAACGACCCAGAUUGGAACACGAAGGUGUUCAUGUCCCUCGGCACAACGUUACCGUAGAUUCCGGUGCGAUGGCCACCGUGAAAUGUGUCUCGCACUACGGAAACCCUCCAGCGCAGCUGAAGUGGUUUCUAGGUGACCAAGAAAUCACCCCGCUGCACCCGCAGACAAACUCGACUGAGCCGGAUAACCCUAGGACCUGGUCAGCGGCAACUGUGGUGCAGAUUCCUGCCAACAAGGACCGGCAUGGUGCUAUUCUAAAGUGUCUGUCUAUCCACGAGUCCUAUUCAGCACGAUCGGUAGCGGUUGAAGCACGAUUAGAUGUUAAAUAUGCACCCACGAUAAGAAUGCUGGGAGCUCCCCAGAUCGACCUGGAGGAGGGCAAGGAUUCCCUCAUCCUACGAUGCACCGCUGAUGCAAAUCCUACCGCCAGUAUCGUGUGGCGUCGGGCGGGUCGCUCGGAAAUAGCUAGUUUACAAGAAUCACUCCAGCUGAGGCCUGUGGGCAGACGCGAUGCCGGUCUGUACACGUGUCAGGCCCAGAACUCCGUUGGAACCUCGGAUACGUUAUCCGUUCAGUUAGAUGUUAAAUUUGCUCCUAAGAUACUGUCUGCCGGGCCGGAUCGAUUAACCACGGCGCCGCUGUUUAGUCCUGCUGCCUUCGAGUGUGUGGCAGAAGGAAACCCACAGCCCACGUACAAGUGGGUACAAAGAAUCUCAACACAGGGAAAACCAUUCCUCGACCGAGGACGAGAAUCAAGACUGGUAAUAGAUAACGUAACAUACGACUAUCAGGGCGAGUACGAGUGUCGUGCGACGAACUACAUCAACGGCCAGGAAAGAACGGCCACGUCCGACCCCAUCGCACUACAGGUGGUGGGCGCACCGCAGGUUCUGCGAACGUCAUCAUCGGCCACCGGCCAUUCCGUAUCGGUUCGGAAGGGCGAUUCGGCCACACUUUCGCUGAUUGUGUGCGCCGACCCUCGACCACGGCAUGUCGCCUGGGAAUGGGGCUCGUUGCGACUGGAAGCAGGUUCCGGCAUAGGUCGCUACAGAGUGGACGACGUAACGCAGGACAGUCAGCGAGAGGACUGCUACCUGGCGACGUUGCACAUCGACGAUGCUGACUUGCAGGACCAGCGGCCGUACUAUCUGGUGGCCGAGAACGAACGUGGCACCGACCGACACGCAGUGAAUCUGCGCGUGGAGGGAAUGUUUUCCGUGGAGCCACUAGAAUUGAGUUACCUGCUCGGAAUCGCCGGAGGCUGUCUGGCGGCUUUUCUCAUCCUUAUUUGCCUCUGUAUCUAUGCGAUACGGACGAGAAAGUGUUGUUUCAGAAAUCGGAACAACUACAAAACGUCGGAAAAGGACAGCGAAAAAGCGGAUCUGAAAUCUCGAUCCGACAGUACGAGCGUUCCACCGCUCGAUUCCAUCUAUACGACGCCGACCGGAUUCCAUCAUCAUCACAACGGAACUCCCGGAUCGCCGGAAGCAAUGAAGUCAACAACAGCGCCCAACACAUCCUUCACCACACAAACCAAUCAACUGCUCUUGCGAGAAUCUGUAAAUAGUAGCAGUAACGCCGACCUGGUCUUGGGUGCGCUACGCCAUCAACGUGAUCUGUUCAGUGGCCCGUUGGGCAUUCCCGAUGUCACAACGCGUGUCGGUUCUGUGAUCCACGCGUUCGAAACGAUGGCCCGCCAGAGGCAAGCCCUAGAACGAAGUGGCAGCGGUGGCGAAAAACCGUACGACUCGACAGUCGGUCCACGGUUCCGCUCCCACAGGGCCAAUGUAAAAAGAGUAAAUGAUAAUCGCCAUAAAAUCAUAUUACCCUCUCCCAAGAUAUCCCCCUCCUCGUCGGCGGCAACCGACACCGUUCCGACCUUUGUACAGCAAUCCUAUCCAAAUCCGAACCCGAGUUUCCUCAGCAGCAUCAUCAACGGCAGCGUCAAACACAAUAAUAGCACUAACAGUAAUAAUCUACAUAUUAAUAACAAUAAUUUAGGACAGUAUUUUCUUCAUUCAAAUAAUCAUAAUAAUCAUAACCAGACGAUACCAAGAACGACUUUCCAGUCGAACGCCGGCCCCGAAAUCCAUUAUAAUCUGGCUAACGAUAAUGAAUCAAGCAAUUUCGAUUCGCUGAAUCUGGACGAUGAUUACCGUAAAAGCUCUUUUGGCAAACAAUCAAAACUCCAGCCAAGCGGUGCUGGCGCUGCUCCUGCUGGCGGUGGUACGCUCAGUCGUAAUCAACAUUUAAAUGACGCUACUAGUAGUGCACAAGCCACGACUAACUUCCACGCCGCAAGAGAUACCGAAGGCACCGUCAUCAGCCACAGCAGAAACAAUCCAAACGUAUUUUUCAACGCGACGCCACCACCACCACCACGUGGUAGCGUCGCGACGCCAUCCUUGCAGCAAGUUCCAGAAAAGGACACACCGGCGUCGCCACAGACGUCGACAACGAUGCGCUAUUACAACAAUCAUCUUGAGAAUGACGGUGACAACAACAAUAACCCUAACUACAACCCCGGCAAUGACAAAUUCCUUCGUGGUUCCACCGUCAGUCAAUCAUUCAUCAAGAACGUAAAGAACAUGCGAAGAAAGUCCUCGUCGUACGAUCUGCAGAGUGCCAGUGGUGCCGCCGGUCUCGGAACGGGACGGGGUGGAACCACAAAUUCUUCACCACCCACCACCACCUCGUCAUCAUCGAACGGCUUCAAGCAGCGGACUGGAGCGUUAAUGACGACCGCUGCUAGACACCUGUACCGGCGGAAGGCGAAAGGUCCCGGCUCUGAUAAUGACACUGAUGAAUUAACCACCCCGCGGCCACAAGAUUCCGCACACGUGGUGGAAGGCGUCGACGGCCGCCGCACCUCAUCUUCCUUCACCAACACCACGACCGGCAGGCGGAAAACAUUCCAACCCCGAACGUUAGAUAGGGCGGAAAUUUGAUGAUUAAGUAAAAAACGCAGCCAUUAGUCUAGAAAUUGCGGUCAUAAGAAAUUUCCUCUAAGAACCCUACUUGAGGGAGGUUACACUGUAAUUGCACUCUUGUUUCUCUCUUUCAAUUGCAAUUUGUACAAACGAUUUAACAAUGCUCGAGCUAUACAACUCUAAGAUGGUAGGUAAUUUACUUUUAAGUGAACGAAACCCAAGUGUCAUAAAGCGAACCGAGAAAAAAAUCGGAAGAAAAGGACAAUGAACAAAGAAAAUGGAAGAGUACUUCUUUUAACCCACAGCAUAUAGCCAAAUUGUAGAUUCUAAGCAUUUAUUAAACCCCCGCCCAGGCCCUGGUCAAUCGCGUGGAGACCCAAGGGUGGGCAGAAUGUACAGAAAUGAAAAAUGAAAAUCGUUACGUUGGAUAUAAAAAUUGAUUCACGCUAGACUCCGUUAUUACGUUACCCGUUCCAGUUGAAUUUAUUGGCCAAUUUUUGAGAGAGAAUGAAAGCAAAAGUUGAAAAAUUUACUAUCUUCCCCUUACUCACUAAACUGCAGGACUGCAGCGGAAGAGCGCGGAAGCGGAAACGGCACAAAAUCAAACAUGAAAGUACUUCCAAGCUGUCAUCAAAAAGACUUUAUUACAUAUACAACACUCUCUCGACUGAGAGGAAUCCGUUUUUUUAUGUUUCACUGUAUCUGCAAACGGAAAAAUGCAGAAGUAAACUCUUUAAACAAAGUACACUGUUGUAGAAAGCAUUUACAGAAAUGACGUAUUUUAAACAAACGCAUUCGAUUGAUAAAAUGAUUGAGCAUGCCAAUAUUCACCGAAAGGAAUAUAAUUUUAUAACACUGUUGAACUUAUUACUAAAUGUAUGUACCAUGAGAAUGUAAUCUUGUCAGAAUCAACAUUAACCAUAAGCCACACAUCACAGCAUGAGUUGAAUAUUUAAAAACGAAAAUGUGACAAACUGCAAAUCAGACAUUGAACUAACAAGCAAAAUGCAGAAAUAAAGUAAAUGAUUCGAAAAUCGC